CCUCCAUCCCCUGGCUGCCGUGCCCAGAACAGCAGUGAAAGGACCAACUGGCAUGGGAUGGAAGCAGUAAGCCAGCAAAGCCUUAGCUUUCCUUUCUUACACAGGACUUGACUCCCAAGUUUUCCCAGCCUCCUUUUAAGACAAAAAGACAGUCACAAUGAGCAAGAAUAUUCAGGAGUUAAGGGAAGAAUUAGAAAGACAAACCAAAGAGACACUGAAACUCCAAGAAGAAGCAACCAAAUUCACCAUGGAAUCAAUUACACAUUCUCGGACUCAUGAGGACACUUCAUCAAGUGGCAGCAUUUCCACUGGGGGUGCUAUUAGCCCAUUCAUCAUCAAUCAGAACAUGUUGGCUUCUUCCAUUCACAGCGCAGUGAUGGAAACUUCUGCCUCUUGCACUGGCAGUAGCCCCCCCAAAACAGUCUUGUUUUCUAAAUAUGAAGUGGACAUAGAUACCCAGAGAAAGAGUGCUGGUUAUCUGGGAAAAGAACACAUUGAAAGCAUCUUGGAAGAAUAUUCACAGCAAGUUCGAGAUUUGCAGAAGAGGCUAAAGGAAACUACUGAGCUGCAUGAGCAACAGAGGUUCCAUUUAAAACAGACCAUUAUAGAUUUGCAGACCAAAUUAAAGGAAGUGCAAAUGGAGAGAGAGACCUUGAUGGAUAUUAGGCGACGAGAAUCCCAGAGCCAGGAAGAUAUAAAAAUACAGCUUCAGAGUACCAUUCAGGAGUUAGAAACAGCUAAUCAUCUUCAGGAGGAGAUGUUGAGGGAGGCUAACAGCCAAACUGAGCAUCUGAAAACGAUGGUGCAUGUUCAUGAGGAAGUUCUCCAGGAACUGCGGGAUAUCCUAGUGGAUUAUGAAGACAGCACAAGCAAGAAGGUGUAUGAGCAUGAGAAUAUCACUAAUCUCCACAUCCGCAACCUGGGCACAGCUUUUAGUAAAGUCCUACGAGAUCUGGACUCAGAGGUCUCGUACCUCAAAGGGAGGAUUUUCCCAAUGGAAGAACAACUUGAAUCCCUGAAAAAAGAAUCACUGACCAAAACAGAACUUCUGCUUCAACAGCAUCAAAAUAGGAUUGAAGAACUAAUAAAUGAGCAUGAACAGGAGAUGGCAGCACUGACUGAUAAAGCUAAUCAUGCACGCAGCCAUGCAAGUAGUAUCCAAACCCAUAUGGAAAUCAUCCAAGAGCAAACAAGAAACCAGAAUUCAAUGUACACGCGUCAGGUCAGUCAGCUGGAAUCUACUGUUUCUCAGCUACGUUCUGAAUUAAGGGAAGCUAAAAGGAUGUAUGAAGACAAGAUAGAAGAUCUUCAGAAGCAAUUGCACCUAGCUCAUUCGGAAAUGGCAGAGGCUCAGACUGAAAGGGAUCAAUACAGCCAAGAAUCUGGAAAUCUAGAUGAUCAACUUCAGCACUUACUGGCUGAUCUACAUAAAAGGGAGAUGGAACUGAGUCUGGAAAAGGAACAGAACAAGAGACUUUGGGAUCGGGAUACUGGCAACAGUAUCACAAUUGAUCACCUGCGGAGAGAACUGGACAAUAAGAACAUGGAAUUGCAGCGAAUGGAAAGCAUCCUGAAGAUAAUGAAGACCGAGUGUCAAGGACAAAUGGAACGUCAGAUGGCUGCAAUUAAGGAAAAAAAUGAGAGCAUUGAAAGAGUCUCCUCCUUGACUGCCCAACUAGAGUCAACCAAAGAAACAUUUCGUAAAGUGGUUGAAGACCUGACAGCCAAGACAAUGAAUCUUGAGACUGCUGAGAGAACAGUGUCUGAAUUGAGAAUCUGCCUGCAAGAGAAGGCGAGAUCCACUGAGAUUACCAAUGAGGAAAUUAAGAAGCUCCGUUCAAGAGUAGAUGGUAAAUUGCAGGAGCUUCAACACUUAAGGAAUGAAGGGGAUCAUCUACGAAAUGUGCAGACAGAGUGUGAGACACUAAAACUUCAGAUAAUGGAGAAGGAAAGGAUUAUUGAGAUCUUCCAAAAGCAAAUUGAUAAUAUGACUCAAAUUGUGGGCCAGCAUGGCCGAACUGCUGGUGCAAUGGAGGUAGAAAAAUCUCAGCUUGUGAAAGAGGUCAAUGACAGAAAACUGGAAGUACAAGAACUUAAGAUUUCAAAGGAAAAGAAAGAAGCCAGAAUCCGUGAACUGGAGGCCAGAUUGAGUGAACUGGAACUGGAAAAAGUUAAACUGGUAAACACCUGCACUGAGAGGCUCCGUGCAGUAAAAGAUAUAAAACUGGAAAAGGACCAACUCAUGAAUGAGCUGAAAGCCAGUCGUACUGAGCUAGCCAGCCUCACAGAGGAAUAUGAAAAUUUAAAGCGGAGUUAUCAAGACAAAAGUGAAGAGGUGGAAACUACCACAAACAAACUGAAAAUGCAAUUGAAAUCGGCCCACGCUGAGUUGGAACAAACCAGAGCCACUUUAAAGACUAUGGAAGGCUCUGAUGGCCAUGCUAUGAAAGUUGCAAUGGGAAUGCAGAAGCAAAUCACAGCCAAGAGAGGACAGAUAGAUGCGCUGCAGAGCAAAAUUAAAUUCUUGGAGGAGGCAAUGACAAAUGCGACUAAGGAGAAGCAUUACCUGAAAGAAGAGAAUAAUAAACUGAGCCAAGAACUGAGUUGCACUGCAACAGAAAACAGCAAGAUGGCUGAAGAACUGGAGAUCCUAAGGUCACAAGAUCGACGUCGGAAAGAAAAAAUUGCUAACAUGGAGGCAGCCCUUGAUAAGGCAUCUAUGCAAUUUGCAGAAUGCCAGUGCAUAAUCCAGUGUCAGGAACAAGAAGCAAUGCGCUUCAAGCUGCAGCAUGCUUUGGAUGUAAAAGAACUCCAGGGCCCGGGUUAUGCAUCCAGUUCUACUUUGGGAAAACAGCGCCAUAUAUUACCAGUGACCCAUCCUCACUCUAGUAAUGUUUCAUCUUCCCAAGCCUUUAGCAGCUUCAUAACCCUUAUGCCGCACAAACCAGGCAUUUUGAAGGAGGAUCCACUGAGAGAUUUAAAGCGGCUUCUUGAAGAAUUAAGAUGUACAAUUGAUGAGAUUCCCUCUGUGGUUCUCAGUAAGAAUGACCUUGACGAUGGGAGUGAAUUACCUUUAGGAACAAUGAGAAACACAAUAGAUGGUGCAAGUCGAGCAUGUGCUUCUACAUGUAGCCUGCGACCAAAUGCUCAUAGUAGAGAGAUUGCAGUUCGAGAUUCAGGCCCUGAAGACAGUCUGGAGCAGAAUACUUUCAGUCG